GCAGUGUAUAAAAGGAAAUGUAUCUCUCGGAACAACAAUACAGUUACUUGAGCGAUUUCCCGUCCGGAGGAAAUGGCUCUUGUGAAGACCGACACCAUUGACAACAACUCCAUUCCAUGGGUUCUGUGGCUACCACCAGUAAUGCAAGCGGAGAGUAAAUCGCCGAGAGGGAGAUACACAUUUGAUGGGCCAAAGGUGGUGGCGUUUCACUUUGUUAAGAACCGGCACGGAGACACCUUGGACAAGUGGAUAAGGCUGCUCGAUGAGUUGGCACAAGAGUACGUCGGUCGGAUAUUGUUUGGAUUGCGUGACAUCUCCAACAUCGGGGAGUUCAAUGCGAACCUAAAUCCCGACGACUUUGGCAGCUACCGGAAGGGAUUGCCACCGCGAAUCUAUGGCAAGGACUGCGAGGGCCGAGUGUACGAUAUGCACAAGCUGGUCAGCGCCAAGUACCUGAGGGAGUUUUGCGACCUGCUGCUGGGGGAUCAGCUCUUCCGUGCCGUAGUCCUGGGCGCCACUCCAUCGCUGGACUCCAAGCCAAUGAAUUACUUCGAGCUGCGGGAAGAGAGCAGCAGCGAUAUGCUGGUGAUGCUAUAUGAUCCUGCAUGCUACUACUGGCCCAUUCAGAAGGGGAUGCUGCGCAAGCUGAUCCGCCUGCUGGCCAGCGAGGAUCUGCCCAUUGUGAUCGUGGACAAGGCGACUAACUACCUAGGCGUGGGCUUCACCCGCUGGCUGCAGAUGGUCAACUGUCACGGCUCCACCAUCUUCACAUCGCCACGUCGCGAUGGCUGGGACAUCAAGUUGUCGGUGCGAAUGGAGAGCACACGUGGCUACCUGCGAUACAUCGCCCGGAACAGGCAGCCGGAGCUGAUUGACUUCGAUGCCGAGGGGGAGCCCAGAGCACCGGAGCAGGCCGUGGAGUACAUACAGUAUUUGUUUUAGAUCUCCACCCUAAGUGCAUAAGUCAACAGCCAACCUAAAUAUAGACGAAAAACCUAAAGGCAAUAACAAUUCAAGCUCGGAAUUGCUCCAAUACACCAAAAAUAAGAAC